AUGAGCACAGGGCGGCUGCAAUGUACGACUACUAUCGACUUUUGGAUAUCAGCUAACGUCUCUGCAGCUGUUUGCCUGUUUUCUGUUGCGCUGGUAAAGCCCAGGAAGUCGAAUAUCACCGUAUGGUAUCUCUAUGAGGAAGAGAAGGAGGCUGUCGGAAGUAGAUAUCGAUGGAGCUUUCGACUGCACUUCUCUGAGAUGGGAGCAGGCGCACAGAGCGUAAUAGUAGAACCGGUUGCCUGGGUAAUUGGCGGCGAGUUCAAGGACUUUAGUCUUUGGAAUUACGUCAAGAAUGUCGGAAUUCUAAUACUAUUGCACAAUGAUGGGGCUUUCAAACAAAAUACUAAGGUCUAUCGCUUGGAGCAAGGUGCAACUUGGUUUUCUGAAGCUCUUACAUUUCCAAGACGUGUAAAAUAUCGCCCGGUAGCGGCGUAUAAUACCAAAAAUCAAGGCCAUUUCUCCAUGCCAGUUGUCGAUAUAAACUAUGGAUAUAACUCGGGAGUCGGAGGUCGAAAGAACCACCAGCCCUCUGGGCCACGAGGACGUGGGCGAAUGACAUGGAACAUCCUAUGA